CGAGAAACAAAUCGGUGUUUCAGGUUACUCUGAACUGUCGGUUCUACAAGACAGUCCCAUCCCUUUUGAUGAAGACCGUUUCCGGUUUCAUUCGUAUGAGGAUUUUCAAGCUAACUGUGAUCUCAAAGGAGACCUCUGCGAUGUUGUUGGCCACAUGAAGCUGGUUAAUGGACAGAGUCUCACUGAGCCCCCCGUCCUUGACGAAGUGGAGAUAGCAAAGGCGAGGCAUCUUCUGGUUCAUGUGCAAUCACAUGAUGGACUUGUGAUGAAGCUCUACCUUUGGGACCAGGCUGCAAGAGACUUCUUCAAAAAAAUCAAAACGUACGGAAACACACCCACCGUGUUACUGGUCACGACCGUUAACACGAAGAGUCUCAGAGGAUCCCAUUUCUAUCUUUAGUAUAGCUUACAUACAGUUACAUAUCUACACUUUGUGUUGCUUUUAAUGGGGUUUCCUUAAUACAACAGGUACUCUUUCCCUGACCUCAAUGUCCUCCUCACGUGUUUUAUGGACUACGAUGUCCAGCCUACCAUAGAUUACUUCGGCUGGUUGUACUCUAAUCCAGAGAUUGGUAGGCAGGUUAACGCAGAGGUGGUCACUAAACAUGACCCACUGACUACUGGGGAAAUAUUCUCCUACAUCAAGCAGGAAUCUGCUAAGGAGGCUUUUUUUGAGUGCACGGCUACGAUUGAUGAUGUAGUGCAUGGCUCUGCCUGGUAUUACAUUUCAUGCAGUGGGUGCAAUAGUAAGGCCACUAAAGGCCCAACUUCGUUGAUGUGUGCGAAAUGUGGGAAGGUUAACAUAACUGGUGUUGCACAGUACCGUGCAAAGAUAUCUGUCUAUGACAACAGUGACCAAGCUAUUUUUGUACUACUUGGUUAUGCUGGUCCUCAAUUGACUGGGAAGCACGCAUCGGAAUUAGUUAGCACCUAUUUUGAGGCUAAUGGAAACCAAGGAGUUAACCAUGAGGUGCCUGUCCCAAAAGCUCUAAUCAGCACCAUCGGACAAAGACACAAGUUUUGCGCGAAAGUUACCGAACACAAUUUAUCAGGCAAGACCGAUCUAUAACUGUGACCAAGAUCCUCUCUCUAGACACUCCACCAGCCUCAGAAGCCUCGGAAGGAAACCACAGUACUAUAACUUUUGAGAAAACAUUUCAGACUGGAAACAACGUGUGUGAAGCUUCCAAAAGCCGUGUGGAUUCUGCAGAUGAGGGGAGUAAGAGGACUUGUGACCAUGCUGAGACAGAGAAAGCUAAACGCCCCAAGUGUGGGAAUUAGAGCUUCCAUACAUCUUCUCAGAGCUUGCAAGGUUCAUUGCAGUUUAAGUGUUCGUUUCCUGUUUAAUUAUUGACUCA